CACAGAUGGUUCGUGCACAAAAGCGAUGCUGACAUGUGUGUUGCCAUCAUUUAUGCCUUUUUGUGUACCGGCGUUUCGUGAAGUUAAAAGAAAUUGUACAUACUUAGUUAUAAGUUUUCCCGAUCACACACAUUUUAAAACGAAGCAGUUAGAAUGGAAGUGAGAGCAGGUCUCUUUUCAUUGGCUGUUGCAAUCAUGGUUGCAGCCAAUCACAUUCAAGGCUCUGCCUCCUUAGCAGUGAUGUCAGUAGAUCUCAGCUCUGAAUGGCUUAAGGUUGCCCUUGUCAAGCCUGGUGUUCCCAUGGAGAUAGUUCUAAAUAAAGAGUCGCGCAGGAAAACUCCUGUCAUGGUCUCAAUAAAAGAUGGAGAGGUCCAGUUUGGAGAUGCGGCGCUCGCAGUGGGGCUGAGGUAUCCCCAGAAUGCUUACUUCUACAUGCAAGACCUACUGGCCAAGAAACUAGACAGCCCAGCAGUACAGAAUUACAUGAAGAGGUUUCCGUACGUACAGCUCGGAGAGGAUGAAGAAAGAGGCACUGUAUAUUUCAAAAGUGGAGAGGAUAAAUACUAUCCGGAGGAGUUGUUGGCCAUCGUACUCAACAAGUCCAGAGAACUAGCGGAAGACUUUGCAGAGCAGAGAGUUAAAGAAGCAGUGAUCACCGUGCCAGCUUUCUUCAAUCAAGCGGAGAGAGAUGCAGUCAUGUAUGCUGCUGAACUGGCCGAGAUUAAAGUACUGCAACUAAUGAAUGACAUCGCUGCUGUGGCUCUAAACUACGGAGUAUUCAGGAGGAAUGAUUUCAACAGCACCGUCCACAACGUUAUGUUCUUCGACAUGGGAGCUGGCAGCACGACGGUAUCCAUUGUUGGUUACCAGAUCGUGAAGACGAAAGAGAAAACCUUUGUAGAGACUAACCCUCAACUUGUUGUCAAGGGACUCGGAUUUGACCGCACCCUUGGUGGUCUGGAAAUCGAUUUGCGUCUACGAGACUAUCUUGCAGAGACCUUCCACAAAACAAAGAAGACGUCGAAAGACGUGAGGGAAGUACCGAGGGCCAUGUCCAAGUUAUUCAAGGAGGCAAAUAGAUUGAAGAAAGUUUUGAGCGCCAACAUGGAUCAUAUGGCACAGGUGGAGAAUGUGAUGGAAGAGCAAGAUCUACGUCACAAGGUCUCAAGGGCUGAGUUGGAGACGAUGUGUGCUGAUCUGUUUGAGCGAAUCAGUAGACCCAUAGACAUGGCUCUGAAGUCAUCCGAGCUGAGCAUGAGUGAGAUUGACUCCAUUAUUCUUGUCGGAGGAGGAACCAGAGUUCCCAAGGUCCAAGAAACUCUGAUGGAGGUCACCAAGAGGAGUGAAUUGGGUAAGAAUAUCAACGCUGACGAGGCAGCAGCUUUGGGAGCGGUCUACCAGGCUGCUCAUCUCAGCAAGGGAUUCAAAGUUAAGAAGUUCAUCGUCAAGGAUGCAAAUGUUUAUCCCAUCCAGGUUGAGUUUCAGCGAGUAGGGACAGACGACGAUGGCCAGGAGGUGACUAAAACAGUCAAAAGGACACUCUUCGGACAAAAUAAUCCCUUCCCCCAGAAGAAGGUCAUGACAUUUAAUCGUCACAAGACAGACUUCUCGUUCACGGUCAGCUACAAGGAUCUGGAGCUGGUACUCAAGGACGACGACCUUAAAUCGUUUGGCUCCACCAACCUCAUGACCUACACUCUGAAAGGAGUAGAAAAAGCCCUCAAGAAACGAUCAGAUGCAGAGUCCAAGGGCAUCAAAGCUCACUUCCGAUUGGAUGAGAGUGGUGUACUUCACUUGGAUACGGUGGAGUCUGUAUUUGAGAAGACAGAGAAUGUGAUGGUAGAGGUCAACGAGACCGAGGAAGAACAAUCCACUCUUCAAAAACUUGGAAAGACCAUCAGUAGUUUCUUUUCUGGAUCGAGCGAUGACACGACGGACGCUACCGAGAAGAAACCAGAAGGAGAGGACGGAGCAACAGACGAGGAAGCACCUGCGAAGGAGGAUGGAAAUGUUGACAAAGAAUCCGACCAGGAACCCAAACAAGAAGGCACAGAAGAGGAGAAAUCGGCUGAGAAGACCCAAGAUGAAGAAGAGGUUGUCAAGGAGACGGGAGACUCUGAAGAUGUAGCAGAGAAGACCCAAGAGGAGGAAGUAGGAGAAGAGGAAGAGACGCCUAAAGAUGAGGCUGAAGAGACGGGAGAAACGGAGACAAAAGGAGAUGAGCAGGAGGCAGAGAAAGAAGCUGGUGAACAAGAAAGCCCAGAAGAACAAGCGGAGGAUCUAAAAGACGUCGAAAGCAAACAAGACGCUCCACAAGAAGCUGAUGAGACGGACGAUAAGAAAGAAGAAAAGUCUGAGGAGAAAUCCGAGGAGAAAAAGGAGAGCAGCAAAGAAAAGAAGAAGAAAAAGAAGAAUAAGAAGAAGGGAGGGAAGGAGGAGACCAAGAAAGAAACAAAGACUGUGUCUAAACCUAAAGUGGUGACUAUCAAGGAGAAUUUGACCGUGGAGGCUGAGGUGCUGGGGAUCCCUGAACCAUCCAAGGAUGCGCGAAAGGCGUCAAGAAACAAAUUGAAGGAGCUCCGCAAGAGAGAAGAGGAACGUAUCGCCAAAGAGCAAGCCAUGAACUCACUAGAAUCCUUCAUCUACAGCAUGCAAGAAAAACUCUACGAAGAAGAGUACGAGAAAUGCUCCACGGAAGCGCAACGAGAGAAGAUAUCAACCAAACUCCGGGAAGCUUCGGAUUGGCUGUAUGAGGUUGAGGAUGAUGCAUUUCAUACAGUAUUCAGCGACAAGCUAAAGGAGCUCAAAAAAGUCACAAAAAAUCUCUCCUUUCGCGUCAAGGAGUACAAAGAGCGCCCUCAGUUGAUUGCCGAUCUCAAGCAGCUCCUAAACGUCUCAAGUAUCUUCUUGUCUGCCGCCAAAAACGCCAGCAAGGAAAUCCAGCUCUUCACCGAGGUCGAAAUGGGCCUCUUGGGGAACGCCUACAACAGUACGAUGGAGUGGUACGCAGAAAAAUCACAAGCGCAGCUUCAACUGUCGGACACAGAGAAACCGGUCCUCCUGUCCGAAGAUUUGAAGACGAAGAUGGUUGCGUUGGAUCGGGAGCUGAGGUACUUGGUAAAUAAGGCGAAGGCGGGACCGCCCAAGAAGAAAGAUAAACCUAAGAAGAAGAAAAAGAGUAACGAGACGGUGGUUGAAGGCGAUAUUAAUGGGAAUAAGAGUAAAAUCAAUAUAUCAGAAUCAGCCGAGCCAAUUAAAGUGAUGCCUUUAGAAUCAAAUGAAACAAAAGAAGAUGUUCCAGAAACGAUAAAACCGCAAGAAGAUUACAAAGAAACGGAGGAGGAGCCGUUACAAUUGCCUGCUCCCGAUGAAGUUGCAGGAACAGAAGAUGACACUAAAGAGGAAGUCGAAGAAGCCGUGGAGACAACGGAAAAGCCGUCACCAACAACGGCGGAACAAGAGACAAAUACAGAUAAUUCACGGAAUACUGGGGAUCUAUAAAGGUCAAAAGUGUAUAAUUUAUAGUACCUCAACCCAAUUUCAUAGAGCUGCUUAAGCACAAAAAUUAGCUAAGCACAACAAAAGUAUGCUUACCAGAAAAAGGUUACCAGCUGAAGUACCAGUUCACACUAAACAAAAUAUGACUGGUGUCCUGCUUGUUGCUUAGCAGAAAAUUGUUAAGCAACAUCUUCUGCUUUAGGCAUCUCUAUGAAAUCGGGCCCUGGAUGAACAAAACCAAAAUGAGCAGGUUCCCUCAAUAGAGGGCCGAAGCAAUCUUGUGAUGCAGUGUUCUUUUUUAAUAUCACGAGAAUUUGAUAGGAAUGUUUCCUUCACAAAAAAAGUGUUGGUCACUUUGUGUUUGCGUCAGAUUUGUCAAGCCAAAGAAGUGAAUUAUUUAUUUAAAAAAGGUUCAGCAGGACACGAAGGUCAAGGUUCAGCUGUGUACUAUUGGCAAGAUGCCAAGUGUGGAGUACAUGUAAUUGACGUGUUACACCUUGCCACCUUAAGAUUGUUCACUGUGUGGAAGUACACCCCAACCACCACGCCUAUAUUUAUCAAUGCAGUCGGGCAACCAGACUUUGUAGCAUAAUUUCUGCAAGAUUUUGUACCAAACAGGCCUAUGAUAGUUACCACCAAGUAAUGGUUUUGAGUGAUUUUUUUCAAAAGUUGAGAGAAAAAUACGGUGUAUGUGUUGGUUGAGAGAAGCUGUUCAUUUUACAGUGAAAUUAAUGAAUUUAUUUGAGUAUUAAAUACUGUUCACUGGUAAACUAAUGGUGAAAUAAUCGUGACCAAAAAAGAUGGCCACACCAAAAAACGGCCAUUCUAACUGUUAACAUGUACAUGUAGAAGUUUCUACGAUGUUGAAAUAAAAUUGACUUUUGCAAAAUUUCAAAUGAAUUAUCAGCAUUGUUGUCCUGUGCUUUGUUUGGGCACUGUUUCUUUGUUGCUGUCAUUGAUGGAAACAUUCACCAAUAGUUUAC